ACUCGCCAGUUUUAUCAAGACCAGCGACGAUAACGGGACGUUCUCGCGACCGUCGUUUAAUAAGUGCACGCGAGAUCGUAACGAGCAGCAGUAUUGCGCCUGGCGAUCUCUCCAGGAUGCUGAUCAAAUGGCUUUUCUUCGUUUCGAGUUUCAUUCAUUUUUCCAUGGGUAGCACGACUUUCGGAGAUUCCAAGACCAGCCUGAACUUUCAACCACCCUCUUCAACACUCGGCAAGACGUCAUUACGCAAUAGAAGAGAUCGACGAAUGACCCACUGGGAGUCAGAACCCCAUUCAAACUUUGACGAUGGAGACAACAACGAGGACCGCGAACGUAUUUCAUUUUCGUCCAUCCUCGAAGAACCCUCCUUACUUCAGUCUCCACUGAAUAUUAAAAUCGCGGAAAAAUCUUCAAGCCUGGAAUCCGAGGUGACGGAAAAUCGGUUAACCGGCUCAUUUUCAAGAUUGGACAAUUGCAUCGUUGACGUAUAUCCCCUGCGAUCGGUCGUGCCAUGGUUGUUGUUUCCAGGAGUGAAAUAUAAUUCCAGAGUCUCGAGAAACGGAGCGUUGGGAGUGAGAAAAUUGGUAAUGCCUCAUUGUGGAAAAAUAGGGAUGCAGGAUCAGAAAAUUCAGGAGCCUAUUUACGUGGAUGAGCCGGGCUGGAUCAUGAUUGCGUUAAAUCGUCAGGGUGACGGAAGCCAAGAGAGCAGUUCCGAAGGAGAACCUUUUUACGUGGCUCGAGGUAGAAGAUCUGUGCAAAUAUCAAAGGACGAGGACGCUUCGAAGGAAGGAAAGUCGGAAGGAGGACGAGUCAGUGAGUUUGAUUUGCCAAUUCGUUCUGAUUUGGGAUACGAGCUUCAAGAAUCGUCUUAUUCCAUGAGAAAAAAGCGCGACACUUUUAGUGAAAAUCUUCGAAAAUAUAUGAUCGGGAACGGAGCGAGUGGUCUCGUAUCCUCGCGAUUCACCGAGAGAAGUCGUCAGAAUUCUUAUGUACAUCCGAGGAACAAACAUUCUGACAUAUUGGACAUUCUCAACGAGCCAUUUUUCAUUUCACGAGGUAAAAAAAAUUCUUUGGGGAUUCAGCGUUCCGAAUCGAACGACGAAUACUCGGCAGCUCUCGUGAAUUUUGAGAUGAAAAAAGAAUUCUUGGACGCGUGGAAGUCGAGAAAAACAAAGAAAAAUUGUGACUCCAACUCGGCCUCUGAUUGCGCUCGUCUACGAUUAGAAACGAAUGAACCACCGGUCGAACCCUUCAGAGAUCGUCGCGGUGUUGAAGAGCUGUUAAAAGAUGCCGAUCCCUUUUAUCUCUCACGUGGCAAACGGUCCCCCAGCACGAUACACGAAUUCAAUCACACUGCUCAGUUGAACGAAUUCACAAAAGUAAUCAACAAGAAUUUGUCCAUUGGUGUGCAACAUUCAUAAGCAAUUACUUAACUAUUUCAAUUUAUUUAAACUGAGAAAUCAAAAGUUUGUUUAUCGGAUUAAAAGAACAGCCGAAGUUUGCCGCAAGGCGUGUUAGUACCUCAAAUAUUAGAAUGACCAAAAUAUAUUUCGAGAGUUAAAUAAACGAAUCAACUUAUUCGAACAUUUUUUUUCCCCGAACAUUGGUUUGACGAUCUGCGCCGCCGUAUCGUCGGUUCUACCAACAGCUCGUUCGAAUAUUCACAAACUUUUCAGUCCCGUCUCGAAUCUAUUUCAAAACCUUUACCGAGCCGAAUAUAGCGAUGGAAAAAUCAUUUUUUUCAUUCGCGUUCGAUCAACAAAUUUUUCAUAUCUCAGUACACACAGAAUCGAUGAGAUUCUUAGCAACGGUGAGAAAGUUCCGAUAUUUUGUACUAUGAUUUUUAACAUAAUUGCAUCAAUAUUAUCAAGCGAUGUGCAUGCCCCCUGUCAUUGAAAAAAUUGAUCCGUAACGUCAUCGAGUGGAGAGAGUACAAUAUCGAAAAAAUCCAAACGAUUUCGUGCACGGAAUCUUUUACACGAAUCGGUUAAACAAAACAAAACUGUUAUCAACAACGGUAAAAAAAGGUAGAAUAAACAAUUAUUCUCUAUCUGUAUGCCACUGCGAAAAAAAUUACGAUAGAAAAAAGAGUGAUAAAAAAAUAAGCGUGCUGGGAAUAGAGACCAAACGCGAAUAGUGGAUUCAUGAUCGCGGUAUAAUGUCAAAGUACUUCGGCGUUUUUAGUUCCCCAAACAGAUGCUCUGUCGCCUUCGAAAUGUGAUGUUUUGAUUUUCCAUUUUUCAAUGUACAUUGCCUGUCUGCUAAUAUGAAAUUUGUGCGACUCCAACGAAUUGGAAGAAAGAAAAGUAUUUAAUAAACAAAUGAUUUAUCA